AUGCGCUGGAUACUGCUGACAGUGCCCAUCGCCGUGACGCUGUUCCUCAUCGUACCUGGCGAUGGUUUGAUACGCGUGAUUCUAGACUUUGAUCGAUGGGAAGUCAACAACGGAUCAGAGUUCUUCAACAUGGAAAAGUUUCGUGUGCGAAAGUUCAACCGAUCGGUCUCGGUAAUGAACGGCACUGGGGUCUUGCUGGUAGAUCUGGACAAUCGUUACACGUACGGAGUACAUUUUGCACGCAGCGCCCAGGGUAACAAUCAGUUCAAUGCGUACCCAAUGAAGCUGGCAGCAAAACCGUUCUGUGACUUUAUCAAUACGUACUAUCGUGAGUAUCAGCAUCUAUUCCUGAAAUACACCAACCUACCGUUUGUGACGCACGAAGGGUUAUGCCCGUUUCCGAACGGGACGUACUGGGUGAAGGAUGCAUACAUUGACUCGUCCGUUAUUCCGGUGGUCGUACCGGAAGGACUAUGGCGCUGUACUACCGAUCUUAUCGACACAGUUACCGGAGAGCUUGUCGCCCGUGGUUCGAUGUACGUUCGACUAAGUAAAGAGCUGAUGUAG